AUGACGGAGUCGCGGCGCGCGCCGUCCGGCUGCGCCAUGUUCGGCAUUUACAGCGGCAUGUUCCGCCGCCGCCGCUCCGCCUCCAUGUCCUCCCUCUCCCGGAUCAACGGGUCCCCGCAGGCCGCCGCCGCCGACAGCGAUGCCGCGCCGCCGAACCCGGCGCAGCGGAAGGCCGGCGUCCGCGACGAUUCCUCCCUCGUGCCCCGCCCCAAGGUAAUGCCUUUGCAGCCGCAGAUCAACGGCGCGGCGGCGGCCCAGGCCCAGGCGCAGCGUCCGUCGGGCGACAAGAGCAAGCCGACCAGGGCGAUGAACGGCGGGGCGAAGGCGGCGGCGGCGUCGCCCGCCGUGGAGUACACCGGCAUGGCCGCGGAGCUCGACAAGAUGAUCCAGGACCACCAGAGGGUGAAGGGCACGACGCAGAUGAUGCGCGCCACCUCCGGCAACAUGAUGAUGCACCGCAACCUGGGCAACCUGAACGCCGGCGCGUCCGCCCGCAGCUCGCUGGAUCGCAGCACCAAGGCGGCGGCGGCGGCCGCGAGCGAUCGGGCCAAGGCGGGGCCAGGGAGCAACGGGUACGCCUUCUCCGGCAUGGGGAACAUCGUGGGCAAGCCGGGCGAGCAGCUGUGCCGGGCGCUGUCGCACCGGACGGACCCGGAGAAGCUCAAGGAGAUGGGCAACGAGGAGUACCGGGAGGGGCACUACGCGGAGGCGGUGGCGCUCUACGACCAGGCCAUCAUCAUGGACCCGACGCGGCCGGCGUACUGGAGCAACAAGGCCGCCGCGCUGGCCGCGCUCGGCCGCCUCGUCGAGGCCGUCGCCGACUGCAAGGAGGCCGUCCGGAUCGACCCCUCCUACGGCCGCGCGCACCACCGGCUCGGCGGGCUGUAUCUCAGAUUAGGAGAACCAGACAAGGCCAUAAACUACCUGAAGCAGUCGCCCAUGGACUCUGUAAGCGCGGACGUUUCCCGCGCGCAGUCGGUGAAGGGCCGCAUCGCCAAGUGCGGCGACGCGCGCAAGGUCAGGGACUGGAUCACGGUGCUGCAGGAAUCCCAGGCCGCCGUCUCCGACGGCGCCGACUGCUCCCCACAGGUGAUGGCGCUGCAAGCGGAGGCGCUGCUGAAGCUGCAGCGGCACGACGAGGCGGACUCGGCGCUCCGCGGCGCGCCCAGGUUCGGCGCCGACGAGUCCACCAAGUUCUUCGGCACCACCGCCCACGCCUACGUCCUCAUGGUCCGAGCCCUGGUCGACAUGGCCGCCGGAAGGUUGGAGGAGGCGGUGGCGACGGCGCAGGCGGCGUGCGAGCUGGACCCGGGCAGCCGGGAGGCCGCGAGCGUGCACCGGCGGGCCAAGGCGGUGGCGACGGCGCGGCAGCGCGGCAACGACCUCUUCAAGGCGUCCAGGUUCGCCGAGGCGUGCGCGGCCUACGGCGAGGGCCUGGACAAGGGCGAGGCCGGCUGCGCCGUGCUGCUCUGCAACCGCGCCGCGUGCCACGCCAAGCUCGGCCGGCACGAGAAGGCCGUCGAGGACUGCAGCGGCGCGCUCGCCGUGCGGCCCGGCUACAGCAAGGCCCGCCUCCGGCGAGCCGACUGCAACGUCAAGCUGGAGAGGUGGGAGGCGUCGUUGAGAGACUACCAGGUGCUGAUCCAAGAGCUCCCCGAGAACGAGGACGUGAAGAAGGCUCUCGCUGAGGUUGAGGCCAAGCUCAAGAGCCAGAGGAAUUGA